AUGAAGGCAGCUCCCGCCUGGUCGCUGCGCGGGAAGGAUCCCUGCGUGCCAGUUCUCGGACAGCAGGUGGCCUUGGGUGCCCGAGCGCCUUUCCAGUAUGUCCCCAGUGCCAUGGAGCAGGAGUGGUUCUCGCAGCCCCGUGCGGGUCAGAUUUGCCAGCUUGCGCAGCAGCAGAAGGAGCAGGCCGCGCUGUGGCUCAACUACUCCAAGGACGUCUUCAAGCCUUCCCCUGGCGAGAUUCCCCGGAAUCCGAGCCAGGAGGAAGCCCAGGUACUGUCGCACUUCCGGUACCAGGAUGGCCGGCCACACUGGAUUGAGCCUCUGUCUGGGGUGGCGCGCAAUCCGCAAGCGCUCUGCGGCGGGGGUGGACCAGAGGAGGAUCGCGACAUCCAGUAUCUAGUCCUGGAGAACUACUGUGCGCAGCCAGGAGGCAAGCCGAAAGCAAAGUUGUUCAGCAUGGCGAGUACCCCGAAGUGGAGAGCGACCACACUGAAGGACGACUUCCUGAAGGCUGACUACCGUAGCCAGUUUGGAGCCGUCAGCUCGGUGGUGCUGCUCUUCAACAUGUUCCGAGAUCGCUGCUUGGAGUUCGAUGACCUCUACGUCUGGGAAGGUGGGCAGAUAAACCAGAAGGACUGGUGGGAUCCGCUGCCGGAUCAUCUCCGCGCCCGGACACGUUUCUACAACGUGGCUGUCAAUGAGACACACUGUGCAUUGACGGCAACUGGCAUCUUCGCAGAAAAGGGUAGCUUUCUGCACAUGCUUCCUUACGCCGCCAAGCCGGACGAUUACGUGGUCGUGAAGUUGGACGUCCGUAGCGGGCCGGAGCUGGCGAUCAUGGAGGCUCUGGCGCGCCACCCGGAGCUCAGCGCUCUGGUGGAUGAAGUCUUCCUGGAGUAUCGUUUCGAUUUCGAUGGCAAGAAGAUGGAUUGGGGGCCUUUGGUGGACCAGGACCGGAAUGUGGACACGGCGCUGGAUUUAAUGAAGAGGCUGCGGCUAGCAGGUAUUCGAUCCCACUUUUGGAUGUUCUCGUCCAUGGGCUGA